AAAGGAAAAGAAAGAAAGUACCUUAUGAACGGUUAAAGAAGGCGGCGGAGGCUAAUGACGGUAGAGGUGGACCCACAACAUCUUGGAUGUGGGAUCCCAUUCCCCGCUUACAAGGUAUACUUAAUUUUGAUUUUCAUCUUCAAUUUCAUUCGAUUCGCCAAGCAAUCGACUUCGUAAAAUGGAGUUGAAUUCAUCUUGAUGAUAGAUCUCCACAAUGGAUUCGGAGGAGCAGCGAGAUAAUCAGAAAAUGGAGAAAAAAAUCAGAGAGUUAUCCAGUGAUGAAGCCCCCAUAUUGACUGAAAAGUCGGGGCUGAGGGAGGAAGAAAUGGCAAUGAAAGAGAAAGAAUUGCUGUCGGUUUCAUCGAAAUCGAUGGGCGACGAGGCACCACUGUUGCCCAAUGCGCAGAAUUGCGAGCAGCCAUCUCCUUCCGAGAGAAAAACCGAGAGAUUUACGUUGGAAGGGGGGUCGCCAAAUGCGUCCGCGCAAUCUCUGGAGGAGAUGGAAAUUAAAUAUGCGGCGUAUGUGAGGCAUGACAUAUAUGGCACAUUGGGGAAAGGAGAGGUCUCAUGGAAGGAGAAAGCCCUGCUGUUACUUGCGCUGAUAGUGGUGGUGCCCAUAAGGGUGGUAGUGGGUUUCCUCAUUCUGUUAACAUAUUAUUUGAUUUGUAGGCUCUGUACAUUAUUUAAGGCUCCCAAUAGGGAAGAUGGACAGGAAGACUAUGCCCACAUGAGCGGGAUUAGGAGGAGCACUAUAAUUAUAUGUGGGCGUUUCCUUUCCAGGGCUAUGCUUUUUGCAUUGGGUUUUUACUGGAUAAAAGAGGAGUACGUAAUACCCGAUCAAUCCCCAAAUGGCCUUUUCGUUAAGGACAGUUCUCAGAUUGAUGCUGAUGAGAGUUCUUAUCGACCGGGGGCAAUUGUUUCCAACCAUGUUUCUUAUUUGGAUAUUCUAUAUCACAUGUCAGCAUCAUUUCCCAGUUUUGUUGCAAAGAGAUCAGUGGCGAGACUUCCCCUUGUUGGUCUAAUCAGCAAGUGCUUAGGCUGCGUCUAUGUACAACGAGAAUCAAAAGCAUCUGACUUUAAAGGGGUUUCAGGUGUAGUGACUGAAAGGCUUCAAGCGGCUAAUCAUGACAAACUUUCUCCAAUGAUGAUGCUUUUUCCAGAGGUUAAAUGCAGCCGCAAAUGGAUUCAUACACCCCACUGUUGUAGACAACAAUGGUCUCUUGAAGAAAUCCAGAUUGAGGAGCACGUUUGCAAAGAAGAAGACCUAUUUCAAGGAGAUAAUUUCUGAUAGCUCUUGCUUGUUUAUAUUUUUUAUUUUAGAUCAGUUUUAUAUCAGAUUUGUAAUUGUUUUCAUCAGCCCAUAAGGCUGCAAAUCAAUCUAAUUUCAGACUUCCUUUGUUGUUGCAUUAUUUCAGGAGAGUUUGAAUAAGAAACUAGUCAUUUCUUGCAGAUUUCAUAGCAUUUCUAAGUUGCAUUUGAAUGUUGUUGUGAGAUAGGGGAGUGCCCUACAUCAUUAAGGUUGUGCCUAAGAUGUGGUGCAAGUAGUGAUAGUCCUAAGGAAAUAAGGGAUCUUUGUACAUUUGACCAUGAUGUUGGUGGGUAGAUAAUGUUUGAUGUUCGUCCACCCAUCCAUGACAAUACUACAUCCACUAGUGACUUAGGUAGCCUUCAUUUUAUCCAUUAGAAAAUUAAUCUCAGAAUAGUUCAUAUUCAAGAUUGUUUUCCUCAAUUUUGUGUCCCCCAGUGGCACAUAUGACUGUCUUACUCAUAUUAUCUUCGCCACAACGUCCUUAUAUAAGGAGAGUGAGCAAGAUAAGAAUGAGGCAGAUGAUGCCAUUGGCAUAUUCUUCUUUUGCAUAGACACAAUCCAUUUGCAUAGACACAACUCGCAAAGUGUUAAUUGACAGUUUUGUGAGACUGAUUGUGAAGUGCCGUUUCCAAUGGUCCUUUUGAUCUUUAAUAUGUCAAGGCCGGGGGUUGCUCGUCAGCACGGGUUUCCCAAAAAUGGGUGGCUUUCUAUAAGUGGAUGGGGCUUCAUUCUUUGAGCAUGUUUUUUUAACAAAGAUGCUUUAAUUUAUAGCUUAUUGGUUGAUUUGCUUUUUCUUUGUUCAUUAAUAUAUGCCAUGACUUGCUCAUGGAAUGGGUGCAUUAUUUUUUCCUGGGCAGGUUUUAAUGCUUACUCUAGGGAUGUGGAACAAAUGGGCAUUCACUCGACUAUAUGAGGUUGAAUAUCUUAUACCACAACCAUCGCUAAUGAAAAUAUGAGCCUCAUCACUUUACUAUUUCCAAAGGGGGAGAAUUUGGAUCUGUUUGAAUUGGGGUUGGCCCAUGGAACUAAAAUUGGCUACCAUUGUAAUUGCAACAAGUUCAAUAAACAACAUAUUCAAAACAAAUGAAAACAAAAAAUAAUAUAUAGAACUUAAGUCAUUAAAAAGGAGUUAAGCAUAUGCCAUAAAUUUAUAGAUUAAUGAAAACAAAACAAGAUAGUAGAUUUAUAGAUGAAUGAAAACAAAACAAGAGAAUUCAUUUGUUAAAAAAAUGCAGAUUUUUUUUUGAACUUGAAAAAAAUAUAUGGCUUUUGGAAAAAUCCCCCUCUAUGAUCUCCUUGGCUACAAGUGGGCUCUUGCACAUGCAUACGAAUAGCAGACCAACUACUUUGGAGCCUUCAUUGAUCAGUCUUUAAUUCUAUUCAUGCAAUGGCAAGCAAAAAUGAAAGUUUAGCAAGGACUAAUGAUAUUUUUGUUUUGCAUUCGCUAUGAGGGAUAUUACUUUGUUUUUUCUCUAAAAUUCUUUGGAAUCCAUGUUUUAGGGUUAGGGGCGUUUUUAGGCACAUGAGUCAAAGUCAAUUACCAAAAAAUAAUAAAAAAACCAAAAAACCAAAAAAGUUCAUUGCAGCAAGAGUUAAUGGUGUCAAAAUUUGGGGCUGGUUCACUCUGGUUCAUCUUGGGUGAACCUGCAGUAGUUUAGAAGUGCUGUUGAUGGAACUCUUGCUAAACUAAACAUGGAUCGCAUCUGAACCUGCAGUUCUACUGGGCGGAGCCAGUAACACUGAAUGAAAUCAAAUGAAUUCUUUUGAUUCUCAUGAGUUAAAAUGAAGGGCUUAUAAAACUCAUGUUUUACUUAUUGUAAUGCUUCUUCCUGAAAUAUUUCAAUGUAUUUGGCUAAUAUUGUUUUCACUUAGUGGUAAAUAAGUGUUGCUUAAAUAAAAUAUAUGUUAUAAUGAUUUAAUUGGUCAAUAUGCUUUUUUUCAGUGGGUUUUCAAGCGCAAAAUUUUCAGUCCAGAAGAGUUUUCAUGUCAGAAAUAUUAUUCAGUUGCUAUAUUGUUUCAUUUUGUAGAAAAAAUAUAUGAUUUUUAGUACACCAAAGUAUCUUCAAUUGGCAUGCGUUCAUAUUCCCUGUACAAUGAGACAAGAUCUUGGCACCAUGCCAAUUUUUUUGCUAGAAGUUGCUGUCUUGUGCCUGGAUUUAUGAUAGAUGGCUCAUUUUUCAUAUUUAGCAUAUGAAUUGGUUCAGCUUUUCCCUGCUUUUUUGUAUUCACCUCUGUAUCGUGUUGUUCAGUUUAAUGGACUCUUUGAAGUUCUUUUCCCUUUGAUAUUCUUCUUUUGUGUUUUCUAUGUUAUGUUUUGUGCUGGUGAGGUUCAGGUUUCAAACACUAAGCUGAGUUUAUUAGGAUACUGAGAUUAAAGCCAAGCCUAUUAGAUACCAAUAAAACAAACAGUAUUGAGUUCAAGUUGUGUGCCAGUGAACAAAAGAACCAAAUCAACUGGGGUCAAGUGUAAAUGAGAUGGAUUGAAUGAAUUCCUCAUAUUAAAAUAUAUGAUGUUAGAAUCAAAAGAUAACAUGUUUGUUGGUAUUUAUAAAGUUAAAAUGAUGGAAUAAGUGAGUUACCCCCACUUCAAAUUGUCACUCCAUUCUACCAAUAACAUGGGUACGCUAUAUUUUAUAAAUGUGUAGCAGUUUCAUUACACCUAUCCAUCUCUAUGAUAUUGUUGUUCCACUGAGAGUGGGCCUCCCCUCCUGCCCAUCCUUCUUAAAUCAUGUAUAACAUAAUUUUAUUUCAAUUAGAAUAUGUAAACUUUAUUUUGAACCUUACCUAUAUGGCCACCUUAUGCAUGCCAUUUACAUGUAAUUUGUCAUCCAAUGCAAACCUCCACUUGGCUUUCUAUCGGUGAACGGUGUUUAUUUUUAAUUUGUAGUUUGCUCAGGUAGGUGACAGUGUUCAUGUUUGCUAAAUUACAUUCCUCCUUGCAAUACACAUCCAUCAUGUCAGCAUGUUUUGAUAGACUGUUUUUGGAUGUCCUAAACUUGUGUCCUCACAUGCAACUAUUGUUACUUUUCUUUGUUGUUUGAUGAUUUUCUUAAAUUAUUGAUUUAUAUUUAUAUGUUCGAAAUUUACUAUUGCUUGUUCCAGGAGCAAUUGACAUAGGCUGAAAUGACAUCAAAAUAACAUUCUGUAAAUUUAAACAGAAAGAAUGUUUUGGGUGCAUAUCUGCAAAUUUGGGUUGAUCUAUUAAUUGAUUU